ACAAAGUCGAGUAAGCCGUUAUAGUUUUUCCAUCGAUUUCUAUUUUUACCUCCGACACUUUUAUUACAAAAUCUUUUGAGUAUUUGACAAAAUGGCUAAGUCGUCUUCUUCGGCAAAACAAGACCAUUUUAACAUUUCGGACGAGAGUAAAAGAGUGAUAGAGGACAUAUUGAAGAGUAAAGAUAUCGACGGAAGUGGCGAUGUUGACCUAGAUGAAUUAGAAGAGUGUUUAUCCGCCGUUGGAUUUCAAGCAUCUUUCGAAGAUUUAAAAUUUUUAACCAAACAUCUCGAUAAAAAUGGUGAUGGUAAACUACAAAUCAAAGAGAUUAUCGAUCAAUUGGACGUAAUUAACUUACACGCCGAAUAUGGUGUUGAAUUGAUGGCAGCCUUUAAAAAAUUUGACCAAAAUGGUGAUGGAUACAUCAGGUAUUUAAAGAUAAGGAUUACAUUGUCAAAUCUUUAAUUAAUUAUUACAUACUUUUUAAUAAUCCCUUCAAAAAAAAAAAGAUAUCCUCAGAUGCUUAAGAUCCUUACUGGAAAAGGACCCCAUCAAAUGGAAGUAGCAGAUGCGAGAAAGUUAUUAAAUGAUUUAGCGAAGAGUUACGAUACAGAUAGAGAUGGUAAAUUUAGCUAUUCAGAAUUUGUUAAAAUAUUUAUGUCUGAUAAGCUGCCAAAAUGAAACUAAAACUUUAUAUAAAGAAAUCUAUUUUAAGUCUUUUGUUUUCCAAUAUAUUCUCUAUCUUUCCUCUUUUUCUUUUACAGUUGUAUCAAAGUAUGGGUAAAAAUUUGUAUAAAUGUUAUUAUAUUCAAAUAAAUUAUUAAAUCUCUCUAUAUAUAUACAUACAGUAUAAGGCAUGUAGACUGGAAAAAGAUCCUUUUUUUGUCAACAGAUGUAAAAAAAGAUAGUGUUAAAAAUGUUAUGUUCGAAAUUCUUUAUAACUUUUAUAGAAUAAUGUUACCACCAGAUCUGGAAUGUAGAAAAACUAAACUUGUACAAAUUGCUAGGAAAUGUUUCUCACAAAUAGAAUUGAUUUAGUAAAGGAAUAAAAACUGACAAACAAAUUACAAACCUAAUACUUAACAACAAUGAUGCUUUUUCCUCCUUUUCUCUCUCUCACUCUCUCUCUCUCUUUCUUUCCCUCACUUUUCCUCUCUAUCUGCCUGCACAUUUCUCUCUCUCUCUCUCUCUCUCUCUCUCUCCUUCUCUCCCUCACCCUUUUUCUCCUAAAUUGAAUUAAAAUCAAUGGAAAGAAAUGCUUUUUUCAUUUAUCUAUUUUUCUUUUAAUACAUAUGCUUACACCAUUAUCCACUUGCUAAUUUCUUCUAUAAAAUCAGCGAAACUUAUUCUUUAUUAUAAGCUUUCCACAGUAACUUCUCUUGUAACUUUUCUAUUUAAUAUAUAGUACAUUGUCAUUUAGUAUAAAACAUAAAGGGGAUGAAAAGAAAGCACUACUAUAGGAACUCCUCUUAAUGAUUUCGAAUUUACUGUACAAUAUAAAAUAUUCUUCCACUUGUUCGCUUUGCCUAUUGAAAAUGUCGAAAAAUAAUAGAUCUACGGAGUGAAGGAAGGUAAAAAAAAAGCGAUGGGAGAA